UCAUAACUAUAGAUUUAUUUUGUUGGAUAAUUUACUUUUUGGCAAAAAAAUACAAAUUUCAAUUCUGUCUGUUACAACAGAGAGAGAAGCCAUUAGAAAGAGUAAACAGAGCACAGUACAAACUACAAAGGUCUCGUUCACUGUGCUUCCUCACUACUCACUUGCACUGCCAUGGCGUCUCUGACCCCUGGCGUGCUCUCAAAACUUCUCCAAAACGCCGGCAACAAGGUCACCGGCGAGCACCGCCAAGCCCUCCUCCAAGUCACAGAAAUCGUCCCUCGCCUCUCCGACGACACAUGGCAACCCAGCACCACCGGCGGCGGCUACUUCCUCAAACUCUCCGACUCCCUCCACGCCGCCUACGUCUCCGUCUCCGACCACGACUCCGACCUCAUCCGCUCCGACAAACUCCGACUCGGCCAGUUCGUCUACGUCACUCACCUCGACUCCGACUCCGACUCCGACUCAGCUUCCCCUAUCCCACUCGUUCGUGGACUCAACCCGCUUCCGAAGCGACGACCCUGUGUUGGAAACCCCACUGACUUGGUUUCUAGCCUCGCUCUUCCUUCAACUCCCAAGCUUCAUUUCAGAAAACCCAACAACAAAAACAAUGGUUCAGGUUCUUCUGCUUCCGUUGUGAAGGUGAAAAAAUCGUCGCCAUUGAAGGUGGAAGAAGCGAGAAGGUUGAGUUUGGAUUCUGCUAGAAGGGUUUGGGAUGCUGGGAAAACUUCACCUGCUGCAACGAGUUCUAGUUCCAGAUUCAAGUUCAAAUCAAACCCCACUUCACCUAAUGUGAUUGACAAGAAGGUGUCUCUCAAAACUGAUUCUCCACUGAAGUCUCCAACUUCAAUUGUGUCGCCAUUGAAGAGUAAAAAUGAGAACUUGUGUCCAAAAUCGACGAGCACGCCUCCACGGAAAAGCACUGCUAAGUCACCAAGUGCUGGAACAGUUCCAGGACAGCUUGUUAAGGUGCCCCUCAAUUUCAAAACAUGGUGUGAUAAGUCUUCUUCGUGGGAUAAUCUUCCACUUCCCAUGUGUAAUCUUGGAAAGAAAGUUAUAGCACAUAGGAAUGUUGCCUUUUUUGCGGCUGUUCGGUCUCUUGAAGAAGCAUCUGCUACAGAUACUGUGGUCCAAUGCUUGGGCAUGUUUGCAGAAAUCUGCCACUCUUGUCGGACACUUUCUGCCGGAUUACUUGUGAAACAGUUUCUGGAGCUUCAUCUGAGUUUGCAGAGUGUAACAGAAGUACUUGAUUCCUUACUUGCCCCACUUCCUGAAACAAAGCCAAGCAACCACUCUACUCUACAAUGUCUGAUAGAAGAUGCAUGUAAAGUUUCCACCUGCAAAAAUGCUAUAUCUUGGGCACAAGCUGCUGUAGGAACCAAUCUGUCCAAAUUCAAUAUAUUCAGAUCACAAGCGAAAAGUGAGGUUUUGAAUGGUGAGAAAUGUCAUUAUGUUGUCAUUGACAAUUCUCGUGAGGAAAUGAAUGUUGAGGAUUCCUCUCCUCAAAACAAGCAAAAUCGUGCAACUCAACCAAGUAACUUGCCAACUUCAACUGUUAAAAGACUUCCUUCUUCAAAGCGGAAUCUCUUGGUAGCCAAGAACAAGGAUGCUGACAAGCAGGAUAAAUCAAAAGAAAGUGAAUUAAAAGAAGUAGCAUGUUUGGCAGAAAAACUACUUGCAGCUUCACGCGAAUGGUUCCUGAAGUACUUGGAGGAAUCUCUAGGUAAUGAAUUUGGGUUGAAAAAUGAAGAGAGUGCUGAAAUUGCAUGUCUUCUUGGACAGCUAAAAAAGGGGUUUCCAUGCAUCUCCAUUAAGCUGAGGAGGAUCAAAGAUGCACUGAUAAGUCCCACUCCUAAUGCUACUAAAUAUUACUUGAUCUUCAACCUGUGUUACAAUAUUCUGCCACCAAUAUGACCAUAAUUUUUAUAGAGUUUUCCCUCUCAUUACAUUGUUGAAAUGCAUGCUAACAAUUGAAAUCAUACUCACGUGACAUGUUCAGUCACUUACGAGCAAAUUGGUCCACCAAAUGGCUU